GGUUACAAUACUUAGAUAAGCUAAUCAUGACUAUUAAAUUAAUAAUUAAUUGGACAAAGCUCAACCCGAGUCAUAAAAUCAGAUCAUGUGAAUGUUUCGUGGACUGCAGUGUGUUUUCUUCUGUACAAAAACAAAGCAACAACACUCAGACACAGCAGCACUGAGGCAAGUUGAACACAGUGAGUGUGUGUGUGCAGCUGGAGCCAUGGCACUCAGGUGGAUCAUUCUGCUCUUUGGCCUGGGACUGGCAGCAAACAUAGACUGUAAGCUAACAGGUGAUACAGAAACUGAUGUUGAUGAGGGCCAGGACUGGGACAUCUUUGACACCAAUGAAGCGGCUGGAUUGGACCUGCUGGAGGGAGAUAUCGAAAAGACCUCCAGCAGAAACUCCAUUAUAGGAGACAGGUACCGCUGGCCCAAAACCAUUCCCUACUACCUAGAGGACAAUCUGGACAUGAAUGCAAAGGGAGUGAUCCUGAAGGCGUUUGACCAGUACAGACUGAAGACCUGCAUUGACUUCACACCAUGGAAAGGAGAGGAGAACUACAUCUCUGUGUUCAAAGGGAGCGGAUGCUUCUCCUCUGUUGGCAACCAGCGUGAGGGGAAACAGAGGCUGUCCAUUGGUAAAAACUGUGAUCGCCUAGGAACCGUUGAGCACGAGUUCCUGCACGCUCUGGGCUUCUGGCACGAGCAGUCCAGAGCUGACCGAGAUGAUUACGUCAACAUCAUGUGGGAUCGUAUUGAACCUGGCAAAGAGCACAACUUCAAAACAUACGACGACACUGUGUCCAGCUCUCUGGGCGUUCCCUAUGACUACGGCUCUGUGAUGCACUACAGCAAGACGUCCUUCAAUAUCGCCUCGGAUCCCACAAUCGUCACCAAGAUCCCCCACUUCAUGGACGUGAUUGGUCAGAGGAUGGGGUUCAGUGCCAGUGAUCUGACCAAACUCAACCGUCUCUACAACUGCACCAAGUCCUCCAACUUCGUGGAAAGCUGUGACUUUGAGGCGGAGAACAUCUGUGGGAUGAUUCAGGGUCCUGGUAAUGCAAAGUGGGAACAACGCAGUUCUGCGAGCGGAGGGCCUCAGACUGACUUCUCCAACAUGGGACAAUGCAAAGGACAAGGCUACUUCAUGCACUUCAGCACAGCCUCUGCUCAACUUGGUGACCGUGCGUUCCUGGAGAGUCGUUGGGUUUACCCCAAACCUGGAGCCCAGUGUCUGCAGUUCUUCCUCCAUAACAGCGGGGCAGCUGAUGAUGUUCUCAAUAUCUGGGUGCGAGAGUAUGAUGCGACCAACCCCAGCGGUACACUGAAGCUCUUCAAGAGUAUCUCAGGAGGGGUCAUGGGUUCCUGGGAACUGCAUAACAUCAAUCUGAAUGUGGCACAGAAGGCCCGUGUGGUUUUUGAGGGUGUGAGGGGAAAAGGCCCAUCAAAGGGAGGUUUCUCUCUGGAUGACAUUAACCUGUCAUCCACAACGUGCCCUCAGCACGUCUGGCGCAUCCGCAACAUCACCCACCUGAUGGCCACCACACCAGUAGGAGUUAAAACCUACAGCCCUCGCUUUCUGUCACCAUCUGGUUACUCCUUCCAGGUUGGUAUCUACCUUAAUGGGAGAAGCGACCGUCCAGGGUACAUGGCCACCUACUUCUACCUGACGUCAGGCCCCAACGACCACAACCUCAAGUGGCCAUGUGCGUGGCAGCAGGCAACUAUGGCGCUGAUGGAUCAGCAGUCUGACAUCAGACAGCAAAUGAACAUGCACCGUAUGAUCACCACUGACCCUGACAAGAUGUCCUCUGAUGGUACUGAGUUCUAUUGGGACGAUCCCAGGAAGGUGGGCUCUAAAGUGACUGCGUCUGAUGGCACCUUUUACUAUCGAGGCCCAGGCACCGGAACUAGUGUCUUCAUGACCCACAGCAGACUAAAGAGCAGAAAAUUCAUCAAAGGAGACGAUGCCUUCUUCUUCUUCAGUUUGGAAGAUAUAUCUGAUCUGCUGGUAUCUCAGCCUCUUCCCCGCUCCAGUCGGAUGAACGCUGCAGACCAAGGUGCUCCGCAGGGAGGUUCUCAUAACUCUACACUGGUCACAGCUGUGGCAGUGUUUGUGGCAGCCACCAUGUUGGUGGUUACCACACUGGUCUUAGGGAUGAGGAUGAGGAGGAGGAUGACACAGAAGGAGAGCGACGAGGUGGUGAUCAUACAGGACAUGCCUGGAUUCAUGGAAGAGCACCCAACCAAAGAUUUACCAUCUUUCACCACGCCAUGAUGGUCUGAUCAAAGGAAAUAACCAGAGGAGAGACAACAUUACAGAAUGAUUUCAGUCACCUGACUUCUUUUCAUAUGUAAUUUGAAUUUGUCUGUAAGAAAUAAAAUCUCUGACAGCAUGUAUGCCGCCCAUUGAUUAGAUGUGAGACUCCAGUUCCUUUCACUGAUGUUUAUUAACACCACAUAAACACCGUAGAACUAAAUGUUCAAGUAGACAAAAUAAAAGACAACAUUAGUUAUAGUAAACAUUACAGAAAUAGCCUUCCUUAGCAUUGUAGCUAGUACCGCUAAAUAAUACUGACC